AUGCCAAGUUAUGGCACUUGUGCUGUACCUCUGCCUCCAAAGCUGAUUGAGAGUGGAGUCAUAGGCAACGAGGGCAUUGCUCUGAAGAGUGAUGUGAUCCCGAUAUCGAAGGACCUUCCCUCAUAUAAGAGCGAUGACCUCACCUGGAGUUUCCCUGAAGACCUGACGGUGCAAAAAGUAUUUUUCAAAUGGAUGUUGGCCAUCGUCCAUAACAGCACACAUUCAACCUCAUAUCUUUGCAAUUCGUUCCAUGAACUUGAGGCGUCGGCUUGUGGAAUUACUCCUGGAGUUCUCCCGGUUGGUCCAUUGUUAGCGAGCACCCAAUUACUACAUCACAGAGGAAGCCUAUGGAACGAGGAUUCGACUUGCUCGAACUGGCUGGACCAGCAUCCACCCCAGUCAGUCAUCUAUGUAGCCUUUGGAAGCACCACAAUCUUCAGCCCAGGGCAAUUCUAUGAGCUUGCCCAUGGCCUGGAGCAGAUUGGCCAACCGUUCCUGUGGGUUGUACGCCCGGACAUGACUGACGCGCCAGUCAACAAGUUCCACGGCACGUUCCUCCAAAGGGUGAAGAAUCAUGGGAAGGUGGUCCAAUGGGCACCACAAGAGGAGGUCCUAGCACACCCUUCAGUGGCAUGCUUCUUCACUCACUGUGGGUGGAAUUCUACACUGGAAGGCCUGAGCAAUGGGGUCCCACUUCUAUGCAGGCCCUACUUUGCAGAUCAGCGCCUGAACAGGAGCUUCAUAUGUGAUGUGUGGAGGGUGGGUCUAGGAGUGGAUGGCGAUGAAAAUGGAGCGAUAACUAGGCAUGAAGUGAGGACAAAGAUACUAGCAGUUCUUGGGAGUGAUGAGAUAAAGACAAAUUGUCAGAGGAUGAAGGAGAAGACCAGGAAGAGUGUGAGUGAAGGAGGGUCAUCCUUGAAGAAUCUGGAGAGCUUAAUUGAACUCGUGAAGGCUUGAGGGUUUUUAUUUGUUGCUCCUGUUAC